AAAUCAUAUUGAAGGGUUAAGUCGGUUAUAUUACCUUAAGUCAACUUCUUCAUUUUGUCCAAAGCAUUUCAAGUGACAAUAACGAGAAACAGCAAAUAUAUUACAUAAGUAAUAUUUCUUUCUCUUUGGCCUACUUCCAUUUUUCAUAUCUUUCUCUAAAACACUGAAUUAAGGGGCAGCUUAGGCGAAUAAUCUCAACAUGGCAAUCAAAUUUUAUUUGACGGUAAUGUCAGCUACGGCAUGGCAUGUUACGUAAUCAGGCAAACAGGCCUGCCACAGGUAGAUGGCGAUGCAGAUAAACAAUGUUUUUGGCAAGUUACGUGACACUACCUGAGCUCAACUCGCUAAUUAGUCUUCGGGCCACCUGUCCUUUUUAAAAAACUUGCCAUGGCAUGUUCAGUUUUAAUUAGAAGAUUACGACUAGCAAGCCCGUUGUCCACGAAACCUGUCAAUCAAGAUGUGAUCAACCAAUGCAUGUCAUUUUGGCAUUAUAUAAGAGACGUCUAGUUCUGUUUGACACACAGUAUAAUUCGUUUGUUUGACCGGCAUCACCGUGACAUUCGGGUUCCUUCAUUCGUUUGGCCGACAUCGUUGUGACACACAGCUAUGGCACAUAAGAAUAAGAAAACAAGAUAUCCAUGUGGCACAUGCCAGAGAGCCUGCUCAUCUGACGCGAUUGAAUGUUCGAGUUGCUUGAAAUGGAUUCACAGGGAAUGUGUUCCAAUGACAGAGGAGAUGUUUGAUGAAUGGAGUGCUGAUGGUGUCGAGUUUGUGUGCAGAGACUGUGCAUAUGAUGCCACUGGCGAAUAUGAUUUUGAAAGAAGUCUUCUCCAUCUACGUACUAAUCCAGACUCAGCCAAAGGAGAGGCGUUGUUAUUGACAACAUACAAUGUGAAACUCCCAGUAUUGAGAGAUGAUGCCACCUUAAUUGACUGGUCCUCAGAUAAGGUGGCGAAGCAAGUGCUGGCAAAAUUUCAUCCCAUAAUUCUUAACACGCACCGUCCCUUAGCAAUUGGAGGUGAUGGCAAUUGCCUGUACAGGGCACUGUCAGCUGGUCUUUACGGCACUGAGAGAUAUCAUCUGCAUGUUAGAUUGAUCACAGCUCUUGAAAUGAUCACCUUCCCAGAUGAAUACAACAUCCACAGUGUCAACUAUACAGGCAAGUUGGCAGGGGAUGCUGCCUUUGUUGAGUCAUAUGCUGAUGAACUGGGAGCUGUUUGUGCACCUGGCCGCUGGUCAGGUUUGAUUCACUUGUAUGCUGCAAGUGCGGCUCUUAGAGUACCCCUCCGUUCUUACUGUCCACCUAUCCUUCACACCGAAUAUUUAUCAAUGCCACUGACCAGAGUCAUACAUGGAAGAGGAGUCUCAACCAAACAUCACCCAGAGAUAACCAUUAUGUGGACCAGUAGUUCAGUUCCUGCCUCUCAAGAUGACUUCAGACCAGACCAUUUUGCAGUACUGAUAAAAAAUCAGGUUACAGUUAUGAGAGGAAAUAUCAACCAUACAUGCCAAGAUACUCUUCCAGAUACAGUCACCACUGAUCCUCCCAUCUCACCCCAACAGACAAGUGCUAACCCAGAUGAUGUUCCUGAGCCGACUCUACCAGAAACAACUGAUGCCAGCUGUGACACUGCUCCUGGUGGAACUCCCCUUCCCAAUGAAAAGUUUUUGGACGCACCUAAGGUGAUCAAACUUCUGCACAGUGAAGACCCAAGUACAUCAAGUAUACCCAAUGGAAGAAAAGAAAAUACUUAUUUUAUUGUGGACAAUCAGGGAAAUGUGCAGAGGCGCAAUGAAGGCAAAAAAAGUAUAUUUGACGAUGACUGUGGAGCAUGGGUGAAAGGUACAUCGCCAGUAACAGUGAUGUCUCAAGAGGGGACCCAGCUGAAAUUCUGUGAUGGGCUGUACUGCGUACGGAAGUACAUCAAUGGAAAGCUGACAUACCAACCGUUACAUCCCCAGCCAGAAGAAACAGUGACACUCCAAAGAUACUACACAACCCUGAAAGCAGAUAACAGCUAUAAGAGGAGAGUUUCUUGGGUUCAGGAAAGACCACAUGUUGCCCUGGUAGAGUAUGUUGGUAAAUUUCCAGGGAGGACACCACACGGGAACUCGACAUCUUCAGGACGGAACUACAUAAGAACAAAGCCACACGUCCUUGAAAAAAUUGAACAACUUGCCACCCUUGGAAACCCUAAGGCGAUUUAUGAAGAAAUCAUACGCGAAGCACCUAGAGAACAGGACAAGCCCUCAGAUUUACGACAGGUACAAAACAAACUGCAUAAGGCAAAUACAAGAAGAGAAGAUGUGAACAGUGGUGGGUCAAACUUGGCAGCUAAUUUCAACUACCUUCAGUCUCAGAUUCAUUACAGCAAUUUUGUAAGGAAAAUUACACAUGAGAAGGGUAAAGUUCCAACUAUAAUUUGUUAUACUGACAGUCAGAUUCUGGACUUAAAACGCUUUUGCUGCACAAGUCCUGUGGCACAAUCCACUGUGCUUGGGGUUGACAAGACGUACAAUUUAGGACAGUGCCAUGUGACCACUAUGGUGUUUAAAAACCUUAGUGUUAUUAGAAAUGGCACUAACAACAAUCCAGUAUUCUUAGGCCCAAUCAUUAUUCAUGGUAAUUCCGAUUGGCAAACUUUUGCAUCUUUUUUCUCAACAAUAGCUAUGGAACUAACAGGGUCUUUGUCACAACCAGUCAUAGGUUCUGACGAAGAAAGAGCCAUUAGAAAGGCAGCAAAAUUUAGUUUUCCGGAAGCCAAACUUAUUUCUUGUCAACGGCAUCUAAAACAAAACGUUACCAUGCACCUUAGAGACAAAAUUGGUCUUUCUAUGGAUGAAAGAAAUAAACUUGUUUCCUUAAUAUUUGGUAAGGAUGGACUUACUGAUUCAUUAAGCUGGCCAAUGUUUGAAAAAAGAAAGGAGGAAGUGGUUGCAUUCAUACAAAACAGUGUCCCAGGCUUUGGAAUUUAUUUUGAGGAACACAUAUUACCCAUCCUUAAGGACAAUCAUGACACCAUAAUGAGCAGACCUGGAGUGGGUCACGGCUGGACCAACAACAACUGUGAGUCUCUUAAUCACAUUCUGAAACUAAGAACUGGUUGGAGACAGCAGGAUAUUCCAAAAUUAAUUGAUUCACUGGAGAAACUGGUUUCCCACUGUUAUGAGGAUGUCGAAAGGUCAUUCAUUCAAAGGGGUGAGUUUAAACUCUCAGAAGAAUACAAAGAUUUUCAUGUGGAAUUUAACGAGUGGGAAAAGAAAUCUUCUCAACAAAGACAGCGGCACCUCAAGAAAUUUCUUAGCACCCCCAAGAUCCUAAAGCCAAUGGUUUCUUCUGAAAAUCUCUUCGUCCUCCAGGCUCCAUUGCGUGGAAAGAAACCUUGUCAAAGGAAGCGAUCUCGGGCCACAAGAACAACCACAUUGAAAUAAACACUGUUGGACUAUUCUGACUACUAGGAUUUUUUAUAUUUUUUCCAUAUGAGCUGCCCGGGCCAAGGUCUGUGUUCACUACGUGCUGUUCUAGUUCCAUAUGAUAUUUUAUAGUAUUUUUAGUGGGUAAUAAUAUCCUUAGACGAGUGAUUUGUUUUUGUUAAUUAUCAGUUAAAGGUAUGUCACCCCCUGAAAUUUUUUUUUUUGCAAUGAGUAUUCUUGUGUUGUCUAUUCAGGCCUCUGUUAGAUGUACUAGAGGGAGCAUUUUUUUUUUUUACAUUUAUGACAACCAAUUUACUUGAUGAUAUUAUCUUAAUGUUUGGUACAUUAUUUGAUGCAAUUUCCAUUCUUUACUUGCAAAUUCAGUCUGACAUCUUAUGAUGUGAAACAUUUUCCAUUUUACCGACAUAAUUCAGUGAUAUUGUUUUGUUUCAAUGUGUGGCUGCCUAUAUGAUGCGUUUUUUUUCUUUUGGUAAAUGUGGUCUCCCUGUCAAAAUUGUAUUUGCUGCAAUAUGUCUAUGCUUGCCUUGCAUACUCACUCUGACAUUAAAAGUACUGUGAUAUAUUUAACCAUUUUACUAUUUUUUCUGUUACAUAUUAAAUAAAGACAGUAUGGCUGGCCAUAGAAAAGCAUAUUUUCUUACUGUAUACAUGUUCUCUCUUCAACUAAAAUGUCAUCUAGGCCUGCAGUAUUUUUGUCCAUUCUUCAUGUCUAUUCUUGUAUCUUAGGCUCGUAUCUUAUGUAGUAAGUUAUAAACUUUUCCCAUUUUAGAUGAUUGGUGAAUAACUUGGUGAUCAUUUAUGAGUGCAUUUUUUCUUCUUGUAAAUGUUUCUCCUCCAAAUAAAGUGAUACAUUUCACCUUUUUACAGUUACAGAUAUAAGGUGAUAUAAUUGUUUUUUGGGGUCAAGUAUUCUUUUGUAAUGUUCCCCUCUCAUCUUAAGUGCCUUGUUUAACUUUGCAGUAUUUCCCUGGCCUGAAUAACUUGAUCUUGUUUUUCCCUCAAAUUAAGUACAAUCCCUGUAAAAUUGUAUUUACUUCAAUUUGUCUACUCUUAUCUUGCAUAUACCUCUGAUGUACUAUGUAAAAAUAUCUAGUAGUUGCUGCAUAAUGAGAUAUGAUUUCAGUUCUGCACAGUUUUGCAUAAUUCUUCAGAGAAAUAAAAUG